AACAAUUUUCGUCCGACCUUCAACUGUUUUAAACUCAUUUCCAUCGGCGUAACUAUGGUUACCAUUGAUUCCGCACAAAUGUACACAAUCGAAGAUUUUCCAAAAUGCACCGAUUUUCCACCGUUUUUCUUUUAUUUUUGUUAAGUCUGUGCCAUUGCAAAUAUCUAGAAGGUGAAAUUCACACCAGUGACAAUUGGGCUUUUCUUGCACGAUUUUGCUUCCUAUCGGAAGACGGACAAUUCGAAUAUUUUCUUGAAUUUAGUGAUGAACAAGGAAAUCCGAAUUUAUUGCUGUAUUAUGAUACAGACGACCAAUGGCCAGCUGUAUACAAAACUAACAAGAAUUGUUACGAGAAAGAAGCAGUGCUUCACGUCGAACAAAAUCAAAUUAUUAAUUUGACGACAACAAAUAGGUUUCUUCAAGAGUUGUCAGGUUGCACGAGCAAACCUAAUCCAAUUACAACACCCAAACCUAAACCUAGUACAACUUUAUUACCGAGGAAAACAACAAAAAGUCGUAAAUUGCGACCUACAAUUAAAACAACAACAACAACUAUUGAAUUGCCAACGCCUAGAACCACCCAACUUACAACAACCGAGGAUUUAAUAAGCGACAACCUGACCACCAAACCUACUACAAAAUUUUUCGAAGAUUUCAAUUACACAACUUUGGAUUUAAAAAGCCAAUGGGAACACAUCGAAAUUAUAAAAGCACCAAUCAAGAAACGUGCCAUAAAACCACCUCCCACUCCCCAAAUCCGGGGUAAUACUAUCAUGUGUCACAAUGCCCGGAAAUUCCGGAGUGCACGUGAAAGAUGGUGGUUUAUAGCUUUGAGUAAUUGUAACGGAACGGGAGGAAUUCACGUCAAAUAUAAAAUUUUAAUGACAAAUGGACCACCGGGGGAUUACUGGCAUGAACAUUUCUCCGCUGACGAAUUCUAUAUACUCCCCGUAUUGAUGGCAUUUUCCAUCGCCUACUCGUUCCUGAUGUUGGGUAUAAUAAUUUGCUCGAUUGAAUUAAAAUCACGUCAAUUGUUACAUACAACGUAUAAAAUUUUCGUCGUUUCGGUUAUUUUCCAACUCUUUGGCAUUAUUUUAACAAGUGCUGCGUAUUUGAAAUACGCCGUUAACGGUCUAGGGCCGAGUCCGAUAAAAAGAGGCGGAGCUAUCUUCAUGGGCGUGUCUGAAACACUAUACAUGCUCCUCCUACUCUUACUCGCCAAAGGCUACACGAUAACACGUGGCCGACUCCCAUUGGCCGCUAGUGUUAAACUUACAAUCUUCAUGUGUUUGUACGUCGUGACGUACAUAUCGAUUUUUAUCUACGAGGCCAAUGUAUUCGAUCCGGGCGAAGUCCUAUACAUGUAUGAAUCACCGGCAGGUUAUGGACUUAUCAUUUUGAGGGUUUUGGCCUGGUGUAUGUUCGUCUAUUCGACGGUUUUCACCCUCAAACAUUACCCCGAAAAGUCCAAUUUUUAUUAUCCGUUUAAUAUUUGCGGAACGAUGUGGUUCAUCGCUGGACCGGCGUUCAUACUUUCGGCCAAUUCUUACAUCGACAAGUGGAUUCGUGAGUCUGUCGUUUGUGCCGUUUUGCAGUUUAUCACUUUUGGAGGACAUCUCACGUUUUUGAUCUUGACGAUGCCUUCAGUGGCCAAUAAAAAUUUCCCCUAUCAUGUCCGAACCACCCAGAUUGGUAUAAUGGAACUAACCGGAACUUCCGGCAGUAGUACCAUCCAACAAUUCGGUCAUCACGUCUACGAACCAUCUGGUACCAUUCGUGAACCAGUGAUUGUACCAUUGACACGUCGUACUGAAGAAAUAUUUGAAGGAAUGUACAAUCAACCAGUGCACAAUAUUCGUAGAGAGAGUUUAAAUGAAGAUUUGAACAAUACGAGAAAUUUAAUGAUGGAAAAUGUGAUUAAUUGGUCACUAGCGAGAAAUAUUGCAGCUUUAGAAAUGCCGAAUUUUGAGCGAACUGAGCGCAACAGUUUUGUUUCAGAACAUUCAGACAACGAAUCGGUUAUAACCAGUCGGAGAUCGUCAACACAACCGAACGGCCAUUUUGACGAUUACGUCAGAGAAGUGCCGAUUCAAUUGUUUACGGUUAGUAAAAUGGUAACCGGGAAUAAUAACAGCAAUAAUGACACUCCCAAUGGAAAAACUGUUUAAUUAGCACAAAUUUUCUACUUUAAAAAAUUGUUUUGGGAAUUUUUACGACUCCAGAACUGA